AUGAUAUUUUGCAGCACCAUGCUCCUGGCAACACGCAUCUUGGUACCAGAACUCUCACUCGGUCAAGCCUUCAGCGGUUGCCUGUGCUCUCCUUCCUACCCUUUUUCUUUCAAAUGCAUCAAUGUCACGCGGGCUGCACCAGGGCUCUACGCUUUGGUCGUGCUUCGAUCCAUUGUCGUGCUUGCCGUUCUGGAAAUUGCUUGGUAUCCCGUUGAUUCAAAAGCGUUCCUGGAGUGGUCGGCCUUGGUCUUCAACUACAGCUUCUCUCGCAUCGUUCGCGCCAGCGUCGCAUGCUUGCUGAUGGCCACCACAGGUGUUGGAAGGGCCAAAGCAAAGGGAGGCGGAGCUGUUGAAGCUUAG